UACUUUUUCUCUAAAGCUUAAUAUUAUGUGAGAAUCCCUACAACUUUGAUGGACAUUCUGUUACACCAUGAUAAGGUUUGAAAAAGGACCUCUUCUACUGUAAAAUCCUUGAACCUACUGUGUCACCCAGUCUCAAUUUUGUUUUGGGCAAAAUAUGCAGUAUGGGCACUAUUUUGGUUUAGAUGUUCCCAAAGCUGUAAAAUUAAAGAAAUCAAAUAAUUGGAUGCAAAAUAAUCUUACAACACUUGAUUUACCAUUUUAUUUGUAAGGAUUAUUGUUAAUUACAAAGUGCAUCACAAGCAUCACUUAAUUUUUACAGAAAUCACCCUAUGUGAUGAUGAAAAAUGAAAAAUUCUUUGGUUUUGAAGCCUUUAUUUUAGGGUCUCGCCUUAAAAUUUCUUCAAGGGGUUUCUUUGUUCAGCCACCCCAAAUUCAUUAUUUGUUAUGGGAGUUGCUGAAGGUUAAACUUGGUGUGAGCAUUUGAAGGAUUUAAAAGCACAGCAUCCUGUAGAUGAAAUAGAGCAAUAAAAAAUUACAUGAUUACUGAAUCAAUAUUAUAGUUUCCUGUAUGCUGAAUUCCUUCAUUUAUGGCGAAAAAUGAUUGUCUGUUGACUUCUUAUCUUCUGCAAAUAUCACACCUGUUUUUUCACCCCUCCUCUUGGCUCCUCCCUUUGAAUUCCCCUGUGACAGAAACAAUUGCCCCAGUCGGUAUUAUAAAAAGCUGAGGUUCCAGUCAAGCUCCCAUUCACCCACCUUAGCCACCAUGGGGCUAAGAGCGGCCAGCCUCCUCCUCCUCUGGCUGGCUCUUUCCUCUGCUAAUGAAAUAAAAAAAGGAAGGACAAGAAGCCAUGGCCACUAUGUCUGUAGCACUUGGGGAAACCACCAUUUCAAAACUUUUGAUGGAGACAUCUACCAAUUCCCUGGCGUUUGCGAGUAUAAUUUUGUUUCUGACUGCCGAGAGGCUUACAAGGAAUUCUCUGUCCACAUCCAGCGUGCUCUCAACAGCAAUGGCCAUCCUGAGAUCCAGUAUAUUCUGGUGAAAAUCAAGGAUAUAAUGGUCUACCUCAAACCCAACCUGGUUGUGGUGGAUGGGCGGAUUGUGAAGACACCUUACUACACCUCUGGUGUCCUCAUUGAGAGCAAUGAAAUUUACAGCAAGAUUUAUGCCAAAUUAGGCUUGAUUCUGAUGUGGAACCAGCAGGAUGCCCUGAUGGUGGAGCUGGACAACAAAUUUAAUAACCAUACCUGUGGUCUCUGUGGGGAUUACAAUGGCAUUCAAAUCUACAAUGAGUUCAUCAAGGGAGAUGCAAGCUACAACUCAAUUACAUAUGGGAAUAUGCAGAAGAUCAGCAAACCCAAUGCCAAAUGUGAAGAUCCAGAUGAAACGCAGGCUCUUCCAAGCUGUAAUGAGCAUCGUGACGAGUGUCAGAGGUUGCUGACUUCCCCUGCGUUUGCUGAUUGUCGGCUGCGUCUUAAUUUGGAAAUGUACAUCCAAGCCUGCAUGCAGGACAAAUGUGCCUGUAAUGGGAAGGAUGACACCUUCUGCCUCUGCAGCACCAUCUCCGAGUAUUCCCGCCAGUGCUCUCACGCAGGCGGCCGCCCAGGAGAAUGGAGGACACAGAACUUUUGCCCCAAGACCUGUCCUGCUACCAUGGUCUAUAGAGAAAGCAGCUCACCCUGCAUGGAUACGUGCUCACACUUGCAGAUCAGCAGCCUUUGUGAGGAGCAUUACAUGGAUGGCUGUUUCUGCCCUGAAGGAACUGUGUAUGAUGAUAUCAGUGAAAAAGGCUGCAUCCCUGUUAGCCAGUGCCACUGCAAACACGGUGGAAAGGCGUAUGCACCAGGAGAAAGCAUUUCCAAAGAAUGUGAAGAAUGCACCUGUAAUUCAGGCAGAUGGACCUGCAAAGAUUUACCCUGUCCAGGCACAUGCUCAGUGCAAGGAGGUUCCCAUUUUACCACCUUUGAUGGGAAGAAAUACACCUUCCAUGGUGACUGCUACUAUGUGUUGGCCAAGGGUACUGCAAAUGAGAGUUAUGCUCUCCUGGCAGAGCUGGCUCCCUGUGGCUCCACAGACAAGCAGACCUGCUUGAAGACUGUUGUGCUGUUAGUGGAUAACAAAAAGAAUGUGGUGGUUUUCAGAUCAGAUGGCAGCGUGCUCCUGAAUGAGAUGACAGUGAAUGUGCCUCAUGUGUCAAGCAGCUUCUCAGUAUUCAAGCCAUCUUCCAACUACUUUAUUGUACAAACUCCUUUUGGGCUUCAGAUGCAGAUCCAACUGUUUCGAGUCAUGCAGCUGUUUGUGACUGUGGAUCAAUCAGUUAAAGGAAAACUUCAAGGUCUUUGUGGAAACUUCAAUGGAAUGGAAGGUGAUGACUUCAGAACAACCAGCGGGCUGAUUGAGGCUACAGGGUCUGCCUUUGCUAACACAUGGAAAGCUCAGUCCACUUGCACAGACCAGGUAGAAAAGCUGGAAGACCCCUGCAGUCUCAGCAUUGAAAGUGCAAAUUAUGCUGAGCAUUGGUGUUCUCUGCUGAAAAACCCAGAGGGUCCUUUUGCAAGAUGUCACUCAGCCGUUGAUCCUUCAGAAUACUAUAAGAAAUGUAAAUAUGACACCUGCCUCUGUGAAGACAACGAAGAAUGUUUGUGUGCUGUCCUGUCCUCUUACUCAAGAGCCUGUGCUUUCAAAGGGGUCAUACUGGGAGGCUGGAGAAAGAGUGUCUGCAGCAGUGAAGCAUCUUCUUGCCCAGGAAAUCAAGUCUUCCUUUACAACCUUACAAUGUGCCAGCAAACCUGUCGCUCCCUUGCUGAUGGUGAAAAGUAUUGCUUGCAAGACUUUGCUCCUGUGGACGGCUGUGGUUGCCCACCCAAUACAUACUUGGAUAACCAGGAUAACUGUGUGCCCAUCUCCCAGUGCCCAUGUUAUUACAAGGGAUCAUACCUGGAAUCUGGGGAAUAUUUCACAAAAGAUGGAGAACGCUGUGUUUGCCGAAAUGCAAAGAUCCAGUGCACUUCAGUGAAAAUAAGAAUGAAAAGUGAAAAAGAAUGUUCUUCUAGCAAGACAUACUUUGACUGCAAUGCAUCCUCAAAGUGGACUUCGCAAACACCUCUACAGCUUAGCUGUCAUACUCCUCAAACUGAUCAUUUCCAGACAGAGUGUGUCUCAGGCUGUGUGUGCCCUGAAGGUCUAUUUGAUGAUGGCAGAGGGGGCUGUGUUGAACAAAAAGAUUGCCCAUGCAUUCACAACAAUGAGUGGUAUUCUUCUGGAGACAAGAUAAAAGUGGACUGCAACACCUGCACCUGCCAGAAAGGGGUUUGGAAAUGCACUGAUGACAUGUGCUAUGGGACUUGCAUGAUAUAUGGAAGUGGCCAUUAUAACACUUUCGAUGGGAAAUUCUAUGACUUUGAUGGGAGCUGUGAAUAUGUGGCUACUCAGGACUUCUGCGGUGACAAAAAUUCCAGCGGCUCAUUCAGUAUCAUCACAGAGAACGUCCCUUGUGGAACUACAGGAGUUACCUGCUCAAAGGCUAUCAAAAUGUUCCUAGGGAAAACUGAACUGAAAUUGGAGAACAAAGAGUACAAAGAAAUUCAGCGAGAUGUUGGUGAUGAUGUGCAGUAUUGGAACAGGACAGUUGGCCUGUACCUGGUUAUUGAGGCUAGCAAUGGUGUGACGCUGAUCUGGGACAAAAAGACUACUGUUUUCAUCAAGCUGAGCCCUGAUUACAAGGGCAAAGUGUGUGGUCUGUGUGGCAACUUUGAUGACAAGGCAAACAAUGACUUUACAACAAGGAGUGGACUGCUGGACAGUAAUCCUCUGAAUUUUGGAAAUUCCUGGAAACAAUCUCCCAUGUGCCCAGAUGUCACAGAAGAGAUUAAGCCCUGUGAUCUGAAACCACACCGGAAGUCCUGGGCAGAGAAAGAAUGCAGUAUCAUCCAGAGCGAAGUCUUCAAAAUUUGUCAUUCCAAGGUAGACCCACUUCCUUACUAUGAGGCUUGUGUUCAUGAUGCCUGCUCCUGUGACACUGGUGGGGACUGCGAGUGUUUCUGCUCUGCGGUUGCAGCGUAUGCCCAAGAGUGCAUCAAGGCUGAGGCCUGUGUUUUCUGGAGAACUCCUGAUAUCUGCCCAAUAUUCUGUGACUACUACAACCCUCGUAAUGAGUGUGACUGGCACUACGAGCCUUGUGGCAGUAAUAUCACAACCUGCAGGAUGAUCAAUAAUGUCAGCACCAACUUUACAAUACCACUGCUGGAAGGUUGCUACCCCAGAUGCCCUAAUGACAAGCCUAUUUAUAAUGAAGAGACAAAGCAAUGUGUGACUGAAGAACAAUGUGGAUGUUACCUUGAAGAUGGAACCUAUGUACCUCCUGGGCAAGAAGUACCCUCAAAAGAAAACUGUACAAUAUGGUAUAUAAAAAUUACUUUCAGUAAUUCACGAAAUAAUGUCUGCGUCUCGUCAGGAUACAUAGAGUGUAAACCAGUCUCAGGAUGUCCUUGUGUCAUCAAUGGAACAAGUUAUGAAGUGGAUGCUACUGUGGGAGUAGUACAGGAUGGAGACACAUGUAUAAGAUACGUUUGUGCAGAAAAUGGCUCUGUAGUUCCUACUGAAGUCUAUCCUUGUCCAGCAUCUUCACCUACAACCAUUUCAACCUUCUCCCCUUCCACUACUCUUACCACCACCACCACCACCACCACAGCUUCCACUACAAGCCGUCCAGUAACUACAACUCCAUGCAUAAUCACAGAACUAAUCUGUGAUUGGACUGAGUGGUUUGAUGUUAGUAAACCUGAAGAAGGUGGUGGUGACUAUGAAACAUAUGAUGAAAUAAGAAAACACGGACACGAAAUAUGUACAGCUCCUGAAGAAAUUGAAUGCAGGGCUAAGGAUAAACCUGAUAUGACCUUAGAACAACUUGGUCAGAAAGUAGAGUGUAAUGUUAAAUAUGGGCUAAUCUGUAAAAAUGAUGAGCAAGAUAUAACUAUGUGGCCACUUUGCUAUAAUUAUGAAAUAAGAGUAAACUGUUGUGAGUGGCAACAAAUUCCUUGUGAGCCUACAAUUACACCUACUAUACCACCAACUUCAACUUCAACCACCACCCAGACAACAAUAACCAGCAGUACUACAACCAGGACUUCAACAGAAAUUAUCACCUUGCCCAUACACAGCCAUUCCACAACAUCUCCACCCACACCAAGCACACCAAAAUCAACAGCCACUACCUUGCCGACUGAGACUCCGACCAGCACCCCGACAACAACAACCACUGGACCACCAACACCCACCUCAACUACUUCAAGCACAUCCUCACCAACACCAACAUACACCACCACAACAACAAUUCCAGGUCUCGGCCAGCUACCCCAUGCACAGCUUCUGUUGACUUCCUAUAGAUUCCCACUGAUGCCUUUGUGCCUUUGUCUGUUUUCUCUGUCCCUGAUGUUUCUAACAGUAACACCCAGUGCGCCAUCUUCUACAUCAGAAGUGACACCCACUUCCACGUCACCAGAGACUCUCAGCACCACCACCACCACCACCACAACCACCACCACCACCAGACCAACGACGACACCAACAACUGUUACACCAACCAUCACAACUCCUAUAAACUGUUCCUGCACCUGGUCGGAAUGGUUCGAUGUGACUUACCCAGAUGGCUCUGACAGGAACAGUGGUGACUACGAAACCUUUGAGAACAUUUGGAAGCAUUACCCCUCCUGGGAGUGUGCGAAAGUUGAAAAUAUUUCCUGCCGAGCAGAGAAAUUCCCUAGCUCUUCCAUUGCAGAUUUAGGGCAGAAAGUGGAAUGUAACGUUAACGUAGGGCUCAUCUGUAACAAUAAAGAUCAGCAGAUUGGAGGUAUAAUACCGAUGCCAGUCUGCCUCAACUACGAGAUCAGUGUCUGCUGCACCCCCAACAGACCAGAGUGUCUUCCAACUCCAAGCACCACGAGCACCACAACUUCCACAGCUUCACCCACAACAAGCAGUGUGUCCUCUCCAAUAUCAACCACCGCUCCAACGACAACAGCAGAGACUCACAUCUCUACCACCACCACCACCACGAUGCCCCCCAGCAGCACCACCACUAGUGGCAGCACCUCACAGACAACAACAACUGCUCCUGUCUCAACAACACCCGUUUCAACUACUUCAAGCACAUCAAUGCCCACACCAACCUACACCACCACCACAUCAACUUCAGGCACAACUCCACCCCCAUCAAGCACACCAAUAUCGACAACCACUACCUCACCCCCGGAGACUACCACCACCACCACCAGCCCUCCAAGCUCAACAACAACAACCACAGCAAUGGUUACUGGAUCACCAACAACCAUCUCAACUCCUGGAAGUAUGUUCCCAGCAGUAGUAAUUCCCACCAAAUUACUCUGCAUCUCACUACAAAACCAUCAAAUAAUUAUCUGGUCCUGUUGCACACCUCCAUCCACACCAAGCACAACAUCCAGGACAUCAGAAUCGCCAACCUCUCACUUGCCAUCAGAGACUCCCACCACCACUGCCAGCACCACAAUGCCCCCCAGCAGCACCACCAGUAUCAGCACUCCGAGCACAACUGUUACUGAAUCACCAACACCCACCUCAACUACUCCAAGCACAUCCACGCCCACACCAACAUACACCAUCACCACGACUCCAGGCACAUCUCCAUCCACACUGAGCACAACAGAAUCCACAACCACUACCCCGCCGCCGGAGACUACCCCCUCCACCACCAGCCCUCCAAGCACAACAACCACUGGUCCUGAAUCAACAACAACCAUCUCAACUUCUCCAAUCUCAUUGAUGCCUUUGUGCCUUUGUCUGUUUUCUCUGUCUCUGCUGUUUCCAACAGCCCCACCUCCGAGCACACCAGGUACACCAACUACUCCCACUCCGACAACAUCUGAAACUCCCAACAUCACUUCCAGCACCACAAUGCCCCCCAGCAGCACCACCAGCAUCAGCACCCCUAGGACAACAACAACAACUGUUAGUGGCUCAUCAACAACCUUCUCAACUACUUCAAGCACAUCCACACCAAUAUCAGGAUAUACGACCACCGUACCAACUCCAGGUUCUUCUGCCUUGUCUGAUCUUGUGUCCUCUUGCUUAGAGAGUAAUGAAGAUCUGUUAGCACUUCCAUUUGUGCUUCAAUAUAGAAUUGGGGAUGGGUGUCUCGGCCAGCUACCCCAUGCACAGCUUCUGUUGACUUCCUAUAGAUUCCCACUGAUGCCUUUGUGCCUUUGUCUGUUUUCUCUGUCCCUGAUGUUUCUAACAGUAACACCCAGUGCGCCAUCUUCUACAUCAGAAGUGACACCCACUUCCACGUCACCAGAGACUCUCAGCACCACCACCACCACCACCACAACCACCACCACCACCAGACCAACGACGACACCAACAACUGUUACACCAACCAUCACAACUCCUAUAAACUGUUCCUGCACCUGGUCGGAAUGGUUCGAUGUGACUUACCCAGAUGGCUCUGACAGGAACAGUGGUGACUACGAAACCUUUGAGAACAUUUGGAAGCAUUACCCCUCCUGGGAGUGUGCGAAAGUUGAGAAUAUUUCCUGCCGAGCAGAGAAAUUCCCUAGCUCUUCCAUUGCAGAUUUAGGGCAGAAAGUGGAAUGUAACGUUAACGUAGGGCUCAUCUGUAACAAUAAAGAUCAGCAGAUUGGAGGUAUAAUACCGAUGCCAGUCUGCCUCAACUACGAGAUCAGUGUCUGCUGCACCCCCAACAGACCAGAGUGUCUUCCAACUCCAAGCACCACGAGCACCACAACUUCCACAGCUUCACCCACAACAAGCAGUGUGUCCUCUCCAAUAUCAACCACCGCUCCAACGACAACAGCAGAGACUCACAUCUCUACCACCACCACCACCACGAUGCCCCCCAGCAGCACCACCACUAGUGGCAGCACCUCACAGACAACAACAACUGCUCCUGUCUCAACAACACCCGUUUCAACUACUUCAAGCACAUCAACGCCCACACCAACCUACACCACCACCACAUCAACUUCAGGCACAACUCCAUCCACACCGAGCACAUCAUCCACUACACCAGAAUUGCCCACCACCUCAUCGGAGACUCCCAGUACCACAACCACCACCACCACCACCAGCAGCUCUCCGGGUACAACCACAACUCCUACUGGUUCACCAACACCCACCUCAACUACUUCAAGCACCUCCUCUCCCACACCAACCUACACCAUCACCCUAUCAACUCCAGGCACAUCUCCAUCCACACUGAGCACAACAGAAUCCACAACCACUACCCCGCCGCCGGAGACUACCCCCUCCACCACCAACCCUCCAAGCACAACAACCACUGGUCCUGAAUCAACAACAACCAUCUCAACUUCUCCAAGCACGUCUCCAUCCACACCAAACACACCAGUAUUGACAAGCACUACCUCGCCGCCAGAGACUACCACCACCACCAGCACCCCGAUGAGCACAACCACUGUUACUGGACCACCGACUUCCACCUCAACUACUUCAAGCACAUCCUCACCAACACCAACAUACACCACCACCACACCAACUCCAGGCACAUCUCCAUCCACACUGAGCACAACAGAAUCCACAACCACUACCCCGCCGCCGGAGACUACCCCCUCCACCGCCAGCCCUCCAAGCACAACAACCACUGGUCCUGAAUCAACAACAACCAUCUCAACUUCUCCAAGCACGUCUCCAUCCACACCAAACACACCAGUAUUGACAAGCACUACCUCGCCGCCAGAGACUACCACCACCACCAGCACCCCGAUGAGCACAACCACUGUUACUGGACCACCGACUUCCACCUCAACUACUUCAAGCACAUCCUCACCAACACCAACAUACACCACCACCACACCAACUCCAGGCACAUCUCCAUCCACCCUGGGCACACCAAAUUCGACAACCACUACCUCACUGCCGGAGACUACCACCUCCACCACCAGCCCUCCAAGCACAACCACCACUGUUCCAACUACCACCAGUGUUCCAAUUAACAUCAGAACCCCGACGACUCCACCCAUUGAACCAAUAAAGACAUCUGAACCAGAGACGACACCAAGCACUCCAGUUACUCCUUCAACUGCCCCACUGCUGACAACAAGAAUGACUGAAAUAAGUACAGUGUCUACUGCAAGCACCACUAGCCAACAGUCAACAUCACCAGUGUCAACAAGCCCAGUGACAACUACCACCUCUGAAGUCACUGAAGCAUUAUCAACCACCAUGACCACCACUUCCAGCCCUACACCCUCAAGAUCCAGCAGCACCACGCCAGUAACAGAAACACCUAUCCAUGAGACCACUACCACAAGGACCACAAGCCCUCCAAUAGGAUUCCCUACAACUUCCACCCCUGGCACCACCUCAACCUCCGGACCAAGCAGCCCUACAGGAACACAACCAGUGUCAACAACCCCAUUCACUGGAACAGAGUCAACCACCAAGACAACCACUUCAGGUCCCACACCCUCAGUGUCCACUCCAUCUACCACCACAGUAGGAACAGAAAGAAGUACUCCAACGACAACCUCUGCAACUGUUACUACUCCAACAACAUCACCUACAUCAACCAGCCCCGUGUCAACCACCACCUCUGGUACAACUCCAACACAAAGCUUUACCACCACUUCAGGAACCACUUUUAGUAGUUUUAUCACAAUCAACGCAACAACCACCAUGUCCACCACCUUCAAAACCCUUCCUGUCUCAACUACUACAUCUGGGCCUACUGCAACAUCAACUGCAGUCACCACUACAGGCAGCUCUACACACAGUACAACUCUUCCAGUUAAUGUCUCUAGUUCAACUACAGCUCUAACACCAACCACUGCUAAAAAAACUUGUACUAUUUUCCCUAAUGUAACUCAUGAGGAAGGUGACUCAUGGAUACUCUGUAACUGCACUAAGAUUAUAUGUAUAGAAGACAACAUUUUCCAUGUGAUUCCAAUAAUCUGCAAUCCACCCCCGAAACCCACUUGUGCCAAUGGACUGUCUCCUGUGCCAGUCAUGGAUGAGGAUGGAUGCUGUUGGCACUGGGAGUGUGAUUGUUACUGCACUGGCUGGGGAGAUCCACAUUACAUGACUUUUGAUGGACUGUACUACAGCUAUCAGGGGAAUUGUACAUAUGUCCUUGUGGAAGAGAUCAAUAAGAAAGUUGACAACUUUGGUGUCUACAUUGAUAACUACCAUUGUGAUACACGGGAUCCAGUGUCAUGUCCUCGAACGCUCAUUGUGAGACAUGAGACUCAGGAAGUGAGACUAACAACAGUACAACCAAAUACUCUACAAGUAGAGGUGACAGUAAACAACCAGCUUGUGGCUUUGCCUUAUAAGAAGUUUGGUGUGAGCGUCUAUGAGUCAGGCAUAAAUCGUGUUGUGGAAAUUCCUGAGCUGAAAAUGAACGUGACCUACAAUGGCUUGUCCUUUUCUAUCAGAAUGCCCUACAGCCUGUUUGGCAACAAUACCCAGGGACAGUGUGGUACUUGCAAUAACAACACGGCAGAUGACUGCAUGCUGCCAAAUGGAAACAUUGCAGAAAACUGUGAAACCAUGGCAGAUCAUUGGCAAGUUGUUGAUCCUUCUAAACCACAGUGCUCUCCAGGCCUAGUUCCUCCAGGUUCACCUAGCACAACACCAGCACAGCCUUGCAAAGAAUCUUCCAUCUGUGAGCUACUUUUGGGAAGUGUGUUCAAGCCAUGCCAUGCAUUUGUCCAGCCUGAGAAGUACUAUGCAGCAUGUGUUUUUGAUAGCUGUGUACUUCCCAACCUAGACCUGGAAUGCUCAAGUCUGCAGAUCUAUGCUGCCACCUGUGCUGACCAAGGUGCAUGCAUUGACUGGAGAAAACACACCAGUGGUGUAUGCUCUUACGAAUGUCCUUCAGGUAAAGAAUACAGAGCAUGUGGUCCUAUUAAACAGAUGACCUGCAAGUCAAGAGGACAGAAUGAGACAUCAACUAAACAAGCAGAAGGCUGUUUCUGUCCUAAUGGAACUAUGCUGUAUGACUCUGGUGUGGAUGUCUGCGUGAAAACCUGUGGUUGUGUUGGAGUGGAUAAGAUACCAAGAGAGUUUGGGGAAAAGUUUACAGUGGACUGUCAGGACUGUAUUUGCCUGGAAGGUGAACAUGGUAUUGUAUGUGAGCCUCAUGUAUGUGACCAAAAGAAGGUCACUUGUGAUGGAGAAGGCUUCUAUGAGGUCACUGAAGUCAAUCCUAAGGACUCCUGCUGCCCUCUUUUCACUUGCAAAUGCAAUACAAGCUUGUGCACAUCUAAAGCCCCCAAGUGCUCACUGGGAUUUGAAGUUCAUUCUUAUAUUCCCAGUGGUCAGUGCUGUCCUGCAUACCAGUGUGUUCCCAAGGGGGUGUGCGUACAUGAGAGUGCUGAGUUCUUGCCCAACUCCUCAGUCUUUGUUGACAAGUGUCAGAAUUGUGUCUGCACAAAUGAUGUUAAUGUCAGCACUCAACUGAAUAUCAUCUCCUGUGAACAUGUCCCCUGCAACACAAAAUGUCAACCAGGAUAUGAACUUAAACCAGUGAAAGGUGAAUGCUGUGGAAAAUGUGUGCAGACCAAGUGUAUUAUACACACAGUAGAAAAUUCUGAACUCAUCUUGAGUCCUGGAGACUUUAAAAAUGAUCCUCACAACAACUGCACUAUUUAUAGCUGUGUAGAGAUUCAUGACCAGCUUGUCGCUUCGACAUCUGAGAUUACCUGUCCAGCAUUCAAUGAGGAUAGCUGCAAACCUGGAACUAUUUCAUUCUUACCUAACGGUUGUUGCAGAACCUGUGCCCCUCUGGAUAGUCGCACACCGUGCUCUGUGCGCCACAGAAAUGACUUUAUUGUCUACAAUGGCUGCCGCUCUGUGGACAGAGUUGACAUGACUGAAUGUGAAGGAACAUGUGGAACCUUCUCGCUAUACUCUGCUGAGGCCAAUUCUAUGGACCACAGCUGCUCCUGCUGCAGAGAAACAAGCACCACUGAGAAGCACGUGGUUCUGAAAUGCCCCGGUGGGCACUCAGUGUCACACAAGUACAUCUACGUGGACAGCUGCGGCUGUCAAGACACUGAAUGCCAGCCCACAGUCCAGUGAGCUGCAGAACAAUGAAGAAAAUGACAAGGCGAGCACCCCGAACCGGAUCAAGAGAGCCAUCAGCUUAACAUCAAAAUGAAGGCAAAAAAACCCUGACACCAUUAACUAAAAGGACUGUGAACCAUUCUUAGCUUCCUUGACUACUUUUGUACUUUACUUUUCCCAGUAAAUGCAUCCUGUUUGUUCUCUAAUUAAUUGUGCCCUAUUUAUUUGUGCACAAAAUAAGAGCACAAAUUUGUAUUCUUACAAGUGCACAACCUCUUUGUUAAUUUCCAAAUCUUCUUAUUUUUCUCUGCAUUAUUAAAAGCACAUCUCAAAAA